AUGGCAGCGCGAACAAAGGCCAAGACGCCCAUGAAGAAGGAGUUGACCGAGCGUCUUGCCCGACUGGAAGCUGCGAACACAGUCGGCAAUUUUGGUUCUCUGAGCACGGAAGACGAAGUCGCUCAAAACAAGAAGCUCAUGUGGAGGGUGGACAUGGUGCAAAUACUCCUCGAGCUUCGGUUACGCACAUUCUCGGCCGCAUUCGGCGGCUCCAAAAGCAAUAAGCAGUUUUCCAUGCUCUAG